UUAAGUUUUGUUUUUCUGAGAAGUUUGGCUACCCAGCAGCGAUGUUUCGGACUAUCAUACGCCGGGCCACCGGGACGUACCAGCCCAUGCCCAGGGACAUGCCGCCGCGGACCAGCCUGAGCUGUAAAGGCAACGUGAUAUCCGAGACGGAACUCGACUACGUCCACAUCCCUCCGGGAGGUUCUAAUUACACAAACCCGCUCCCCGCCCUGGGCACCAUGAACUCUACCCCUGGCCUGGCGACGGAACACAUCCCGACCCCGGGCGCGGCGCUCUCGUGGCAGGCGGCCAUCGACGCGGCUCGCCAGGCCAAGCUCAUGGGCAGCGCAGCCAAUGCCACCAUAUCUACAGUCAGCUCCACGCAGAGAAAGAGGCAGCAGUACAGCAAGCAGAAAAAACAAGGGGCCGCCUCGGCCACGAGACCACCACGGGCGCUGCUCUGCCUCACCCUGAAAAACCCCAUCCGCAGAGCUUGUAUCAGCAUCGUGGAGUGGAAACCGUUCGAAAUCAUUAUUUUGCUGACCAUUUUCGCCAACUGUGUGGCCUUAGCUGUGUACAUACCCUUCCCCGAAGACGAUUCCAACGCCACAAACUCCAAUCUGGAACGGGUAGAAUAUCUCUUCCUCAUCAUCUUCACGGUGGAAGCCUUUCUAAAAGUCAUCGCCUAUGGGCUCCUCUUUCAUCCCAAUGCAUACCUCCGUAAUGGCUGGAAUCUCUUGGAUUUCAUCAUCGUGGUUGUAGGGCUUUUUAGUGCCAUAUUAGAGCAAGCGACCAAGGCAGAUGGCGGCAGCGCUCUUGGCGGGAAGGGUGCUGGGUUUGACGUGAAGGCCCUUCGUGCGUUCAGAGUUCUGAGACCCCUGAGGCUGGUGUCUGGAGUCCCCAGUCUCCAGGUGGUGCUUAAUUCUAUCAUUAAGGCCAUGGUCCCCCUCUUACACAUCGCCCUGCUGGUGCUCUUCGUCAUUAUCAUUUACGCCAUCAUCGGGCUGGAACUUUUCAUGGGCAAGAUGCACAAGACCUGCUAUUACCUGGCGAAUGGAUAUCCAGAUAUCCCCGCGGAAGAUGAACCCUCGCCCUGCGCCCUUGAUAGCAAUAACGGGCGUCACUGUGCCAAUGAUACCGUUUGCCGAUCCGGCUGGGAUGGACCUAAACACGGGAUUACGAAUUUCGACAACUUUGCCUUUGCCAUGCUCACCGUCUUCCAGUGCAUCACCAUGGAGGGCUGGACAGACGUUCUCUACUGGAUGCAGGAUGCCAUGGGGUACGAGCUGCCCUGCGUGUAUUUCGUCAGCCUCGUCAUUUUUGGAUCAUUUUUCGUCCUAAACCUGGUUCUUGGUGUCCUGAGCGGAGAGUUUUCCAAAGAGCGCGAGAAGGCGAAAGCCAGAGGGGACUUCCAAAAACUAAGAGAGAAGCAGCAGCUAGAAGAAGACCUGAAGGGCUAUCUAGACUGGAUCACCCAGGCUGAAGACAUCGACCCGGAGAAUGAGGACGAGGAUAUCGAUGAGGAUAAACCGCGGAACAUGAGCAUGCCAACCAGCGAGACGGAAUCCGUGAAUACGGACAAUGUGGGCAGUGGGGACGUGGAUGAAGAGAGCUGCGGCGUGCGUCUUGCGCACAGGAUCUCCAAGUCUAAAUUUAGUCGUUACUGGAGGCGGUGGAACCGGUUCUGCAGGAGAAAGUGUCGAGCGGCAGUAAAAUCAAACAUCUUCUACUGGUUGGUUAUAUUCCUGGUUUUUCUGAACACGCUGACCAUCGCUUCAGAGCAUUACAACCAACCCGACUGGCUGACCGAAGUCCAAGACACAGCAAAUAAAGUCCUCUUGGCUCUGUUCACCGCGGAGAUGCUCCUAAAGAUGUACAGUCUAGGGCUCCAGGCGUACUUUGUGUCACUCUUCAACCGAUUCGACUGCUUCAUCGUCUGCGGUGGGAUCCUGGAGACCAUUCUGGUGGAGACCAAGAUAAUGUCCCCUCUGGGAAUCUCUGUCCUGCGCUGUGUGCGUCUUCUCAGGAUCUUCAAGAUCACCAGGUACUGGAACUCCCUGAGUAAUCUCGUGGCCUCGCUGCUCAAUUCCGUGCGAUCCAUCGCAUCCCUGCUUCUCCUGCUCUUCCUCUUCAUCAUUAUCUUCUCACUGCUGGGAAUGCAGCUCUUCGGGGGCAAGUUUAACUUCGACGAGAUGCAGACGCGCAGGAGCACGUUUGAUAAUUUCCCGCAGGCUCUACUCACCGUCUUUCAGAUCCUUACUGGUGAAGACUGGAAUUCGGUGAUGUAUGAUGGAAUAAUGGCUUAUGGGGGACCGUCCUUCCCUGGGAUGCUGGUCUGCAUCUACUUCAUCAUCCUCUUCAUCUGUGGCAACUAUAUCCUUCUGAACGUCUUCUUGGCCAUCGCUGUGGACAACUUGGCAGAUGCCGAGAGCCUGACGUCUGCCCAGAAGGAGGAGGAAGAAGAGAAGGAGAGGAAGAAACUGGCCAGGACGGCCAGUCCAGAGAAGAAGCCAGAAAACGAGAUCCUGGGGAAGUCUCCUGUGCCGCCCCAAGAAGAGAGCAAGGAGAAGAUAGAACUGAAAGCCAUCACGGCAGAUGGGGAGUCUCCUCCUGCUACCAAGAUCAACGUGGAGGAAUAUUCUUCCAAUGAGAAUGAGGAGAAGACUCCAUAUCCCAGCCCCAACGAGACCCCAGGGGAAGAGGAAGAAGAGGAGCCUGAGAUGCCUGUUGGUCCUCGUCCACGGCCCCUGUCUGAGUUACACAUUAAGGAGAAAGCCGUCCCCAUGCCUGAAGCCACAGCUUUCUUCAUAUUCCGACCGGACAACAGGUUCCGCCUCCACUGCCACCGAAUCGUCAACAACAACAUCUUCACGAACCUGAUCCUCUUCUUCAUCCUGCUGAGCAGCAUUUCCCUGGCGGCGGAGGAUCCAGUGCGCCACCACUCCUUCAGAAACCAAGUUGUAUUUUAUUUUGAUAUAGUUUUCACCGUCAUUUUCACCAUAGAAAUAGCUCUUAAGAUCCUAGGAAAUGCUGACUAUGUUUUUACGAGUAUCUUUACUUUAGAAAUUAUCCUCAAGAUGACCGCUUAUGGGGCGUUUUUGCACAAGGGCUCCUUCUGCAGGAACUACUUCAACAUCCUGGACCUGCUGGUUGUAAGCGUGUCGCUCAUCUCGUUCGGCAUACAAUCCAGCGCUAUUAACGUAGUGAAGAUUUUGCGGGUCCUGAGAGUUUUGCGGCCGCUCCGAGCUAUUAACCGGGCUAAAGGCCUUAAGCACGUGGUGCAGUGCGUGUUUGUGGCGAUCCGCACCAUCGGAAACAUCGUCAUUGUCACCACUCUGCUACAGUUCAUGUUCGCCUGUAUCGGGGUACAACUUUUUAAGGGUAAGUUGUACAGCUGCUCGGACAGCUCCAAGAGCACGGAGACAGAGUGCAAAGGGAAGUACAUCAGCUAUAAGGAUGGCGACGUCUCCCAGCCCAUGGUCCAAGACCGCAACUGGGAGAAUAGCAAGUUCGACUUCGACAACGUCCUGACGGCGAUGAUGGCUCUCUUUACCGUCUCCACCUUCGAGGGGUGGCCAGAGCUGCUGUACCGCGCCAUCGACUCGCACACGGAGGACGUAGGUCCGGUGUUCAACCACCGAGUGGAGAUUUCCAUCUUUUUCAUCAUCUACAUCAUCAUCAUCGCCUUCUUCAUGAUGAACAUCUUUGUCGGUUUCGUCAUUGUCACCUUUCAGGAGCAGGGGGAGCAGGAGUACAAGAACUGCGAACUGGACAAGAACCAGCGUCAGUGUGUGGAGUAUGCGCUGAAGGCGCGUCCCCUGCGGAGGUACAUACCCAAAAACCAGUACCAGUACAAAGUGUGGUACGUGGUGAACUCGACCUACUUCGAGUAUCUCAUGUUCGUCCUCAUCCUCCUCAACACCAUCUGCUUGGCCAUGCAGCACUACGGGCAGAGCUGUUCUUUCAAGGAAGCCAUGAACAUCCUCAAUAUGCUUUUCACCGGCCUCUUCACCGUGGAGAUGAUCCUGAAACUCAUUGCCUUCAAACCAAAGGGUUAUUUUAUUGACCCUUGGAAUGUCUUUGACUUUCUCAUCGUAAUUGGCAGCGUAGUUGACGUCAUUCUCAGCGAGACCAAUCACUAUUUCUGUGAUGCAUGGAACACAUUUGAUGCACUGAUUGUAGUGGGUAGCAUUGUUGAUAUAGCCAUCACAGAGCUAAACCCAGGUGAACAUGCCCAAUGCUCCUCCUCCAUGAAUGUGGAGGAGAACUCCCGAAUCUCCAUCACCUUCUUCAGGCUCUUCCGAGUCAUGCGCCUGGUGAAGCUUCUCAGCCGCGGAGAAGGGAUACGCACCCUGCUCUGGACUUUUAUCAAAUCCUUCCAGGCUCUCCCGUACGUGGCUUUGCUUAUUGUCAUGCUCUUCUUCAUCUACGCGGUGAUUGGCAUGCAGGUUUUCGGAAAAAUUGCUUUAAAUGACACCACAGCAAUCAACAGAAACAACAACUUUCAGACGUUCCCUCAGGCUGUUCUGCUUCUUUUCAGGUGUGCCACGGGGGAGGCCUGGCAGGAGAUCAUGCUGGCCUGUCUCCCCAACAAAAGGUGUGACCCCGCAUCAGAGACGCACCACUCCAGCGAGGGGGAAUACUCCUGCGGCAGCAGUUUCGCCGUCUUCUACUUUAUCAGCUUCUAUAUGCUCUGCGCCUUCUUGAUCAUUAAUCUGUUUGUCGCGGUCAUUAUGGAUAAUUUUGACUAUCUGACGCGGGAUUGGUCCAUAUUGGGCCCUCAUCAUCUGGAUGAAUUCAAACGGAUUUGGGCAGAGUAUGAUCCAGAGGCAAAAGGCCGGAUCAAACAUCUCGACGUGGUGACCCUGCUGAGGCGGAUUCAGCCCCCGCUGGGUUUUGGGAAGCUGUGUCCGCAUCGCGUGGCUUGUAAGCGCCUCGUCGCCAUGAACAUGCCGCUGAACAGCGACGGGACGGUCAUGUUUAACGCCACGCUCUUUGCACUGGUCAGGACCUCCCUGUGCAUCAAAACGGACGGUAAUUUGGAGCAGGCCAACGAGGAGCUGAGGGCCAUCAUUAAGAAGAUCUGGAAGAGGACAAGUAUGAAGUUGUUGGACCAGGUGGUGCCGCCUGCCGGGGAUGACGAGGUCACCGUGGGGAAGUUUUAUGCCACUUUUCUGAUCCAGGAGUAUUUCAGGAAAUUCAAGAAGCGAAAAGAACAGGGUCUUGUGGUGAAACCGUCCCAACGCAAUGCCCUCUCUCUGCAGGCCGGGCUACGUACUCUGCAUGAUAUAGGGCCAGAGAUACGCAGAGCCAUCUCCGGGGAUCUGACAGCCGAAGAGGAGCUGGACAAAGCUAUGAAGGAAGCGGUUUCUGCUGCGUCCGAGGAUGACAUCUUUAGGAGGGCCGGGGGGCUGUUUGGAAACCAUGUCAGCUAUUACCAGAGUGAGGUUCGGAGUGCAUUCCCUCAGACCUUCACCACCCAGCGGCCUCUGCACAUCAACAAAACAUCGGGUGUGCCGGGGGACUUGGACUCCCCUUCCCACGAGAAGUUGGUGGACUCGACCUUCACCCCCAGUAGCUACUCUUCCUCGGGCUCCAACGCCAACAUUAAUAACGCUAACAACACAGCUCUGGUACGUCUUCCCAGCCUGCCCAGUUACCAGAGCACAGUCAGCACUGUGGAGGGGCAGAGUCGCCCGGUGCGGGCUCAUGGAUCCUGGAAACUUGGCUCCAAGAGUUCCGUGUCCAGGGAUAGCCGUCUGCCCAUCAUAUGCCGAGAGGAGCCAUCGCAAGAUGAGACGUACGAUGCCAGCGAGGAUGUGGAAUACUGUAGUGAGCCCAGUCUGCUCUGCUCAGACAUGUUCUCCGACCGAGAUGAGGAGAGCCGUCAGCUGACUCCCCCAGAGGCCGAGGUGGAGAGAGGGCACUCUCCAUCUCCUAAAAGAAGCUUCCUGCGCUCCGCCUCAUUAGGCAGGAGGGCGUCAUUCCACUUGGAAUGCCUAAGAAGGUACCGGAAUCAGGGGGCGGACACGUCUCCUAAAGCCGUUUUGCCGCAGCUCCAUCUUGUACAUCAUCAGGCGUUAGCGGUGGCCGGCCUCAGCCCUCUACUGAGAAGGAGUCACUCACCCACAGCCUUCUCGCGUCUGUGCUCCACGCCGCCCACCACGCCGUGUUCUCGGGGCUGGGCGCAGCAGGCAGUGCCAGCGCUGAGGCUGCAUGGAGAAUCAGGGUCCAGGGAGAACCUGAACAGCAGCUUCCCCUCCGUGCACUGCAGCGACUGCAGCCUUGACCAAGGCCGUCCGUCCUCCCUCACAGUACCCUGCCUCCCUCGGGAUCAGAGCCGGCAGCACCAUGGCAGUGCUAGCAGUUUAGUGGAAGCGGUGCUGAUCUCCGAAGGGCUGGCGCAGUUUGCUCAGGACCCCCGAUUCCUGCAGGUGGCGACGCACGAGCUGGCAGACGCCUGCGACAUGACGAUAGAGGAAAUGGAGUCAGCGGCUGACAGCUUCUUGAAUGGCAAGCCCAGCCCAAAUGGGAAGCUGUCGCCGUUCAACACCCACAGGGACCAGGGGCAGGACUGCGCGGGGGGCGGGGCGGAGCAACCGGGACUCUCACCAAGCUGCCAGAUCAGCGACGGCGAGCAGGAGGACUGCCGGGUCUAUGUGAGCAGCCUGUAGCCACCAAGCCUCAGAAGGACACAGAACUGUUAAGAUGCGGAAUUUGUCGGAGGGUGGAUGUUUUAGAGGAGUUUUUGGGCUCCUUACUUAGUUUUUUUUUUGUUUUUUUUUCUGGUGUUCCUAAUGAGUUUGUUUCAGAAGUGCCUCACUGUUCUCGUGACCCUGGAGUGACCAGAACAGCGUUCCUCAUCAAUUUUAGUUGGGGUGGGAGGGGGGACAACAUCCAGAGCUGACUUUCUGUUAUUUUGGGGAGAAGAUGACCACCUGGAUUCCCAGAAGGUCUCCUCGCAGAAGAUCCCGCUGAUAAAUCUAACAAGUCUUCAAGGAGGAACCAUCAAGGGACGUGCAAAAAUCUACUAUUUUUUUGUUGUUGUUUUUACCUAAACUAAUGAUGUUUGUUACCCUCUAGGGACCCUUUUACAAAACUAAAACGGAACCUAAAUUCUCGGUUGCACAAUCACAGAGUCUAUCGUACUAGCCAAUAAGACUUUGAGUUUUCCAGAACACGCCCCCCUCCUCCACCAAGUGGCUAUGGAAAAGAGUUUCAUAUCUGACCAAUCAUGUAAGAGAUGUUACUCCUCUUGCCCUUGAGUUUGUGACAUCAUGUGGGUUGGAAUGAUGUCAAAAGAUGAAAGAGAAGGUAAAAUAUUCACCCUGAAGAAGCCCGUACUCAGGACAAAUAAUAAUUUAUGAAAUAAUAUAUAAUUUAUGUUUAUCAAAGAGAAUCAUGGUUGAAGAAAACUUUU